AUGAAGAAAAGAUUAAUUAAAGCCAAUAAAUAAAACAGACCAUUACCAAAUUGGUUCAGAUAUAGAACUGACAAUACAAUCAGAUAUAAUUCAAAGAGAAGACACUGGAGAAGAACUAAGCUAAAUAUCAAUUGAGUCAUGAUCAACAUUAUUACAUGUACAAAUUAACACCCAAUACUCGUUUUA